AACUCCUGCGAUUGGAGAGGCAGGGUGUUAUCUUAAGAACCUCAUGUUAAAGUAUCAGGCCAUGAGUCAAAUGGUAGAAUUCAACAUAGCACUAAGGAGAUAAUUAUGGGAAUUUCUGCUUGCAAAAUGAUUUUCCCUCUCUUCACCCUGCGUGCUGUUUUGGGGAUCCCCUGAACCUCCAGAACAGAUUUGUGGGAGCAGUCCUUGCAUGGGCUUCCGCUAGCAGACCCAUAUAUUUCAGCACUACAGGCAGCUAGUCAGAUGAAUAUGAAAUGUUCACAAGUUGAGCAUGAUCUUCUUCCAGCUUCUAUAUUCUACUGCCUCUGAACAUGGAAAUUCCAUCUAGUGAUCAUGGUUAUACAUUGCUAGCCCAGCCUCCCAGAAUUUCCCUCAAAGAACCUUUCCUGAGCAUCUUGUGGUUCCUACAACACAUUAUCACUGUCCACUUAAUAAGGAGGGACGGGGUCAAUGGUAAACAGUUCAUCUUGGCAAAUCAAACUGCUAACUUCAAGCUUGCCUCUUAGUUUUAACUACUUUAGAAGUUUCUGUAGCUGAAGAACCAACUGCCUUAUUGAACAUCUAUUAAGUCAAGGUGCCCCAUUACUAACACUCACUGAUAACUGUCUUGUAGAGGAAACAAAUGUAUUCAGAGUAGCUUAACUUCUUUUUUCAUGUGCAUCAUUGCAUGAUGGAGGGGUUGCAUGUGUCAUAAUUGUUUUAACUGUCAGCCAAUGACAUUUAACUUGGGCUUUUACAAGUAAAGGAGCUAGAUAAGCAAGAGUAAACUACCUGGUGCUCCUGUCUCCCUGAAAAGUAUUAAAGGCAGAAUUUGAUAUCACUGCACUAUGAGAUGAGUGUGAUUCCUGGGAAUAAAGCAGGAGCUGUAGAUGGUAGCAGCCAGAAUUUGCUUUCUUGUGAAAUCUGUGGAAGACAUUUUACACAGGAUGCACUGGCACGACAUGAACCAAUAUGCAGAAAAGUCUUCAACAAAAAGCGCAAGCCAUUUAAUUCCUUGAAACAGCGACUGCAGGGAACUGACAUUCCAACAGUAAAGAGGAAGCCACCCCUGAAGAGCCAAACAGAGAGAAAAUCUAAUUGGAGACAACAACAUGAGGACUUCAUUAAUGCAAUCCGAUCAGCCAAACUUGCCACAAUAGCUAUGAAAGAAGGCCGCCCUCUGCCUCCGCCACCGCCUCCAACCAUUAAUCCAGAUUAUAUUCAGUGUCCUUACUGCAUGAGAAGGUUUAAUGAGGCUGCAGCAGAAAGGCACAUCAAUUUCUGCAAAGAACAAGCAGCCAGGCGUGCAUUUGCUCCAGGUCAGAAAGGAUCCAAAGCACCUCCUGGCAAACAAGCAACUCCCAAAAAAGAACCAACCCUAACAAGUGCUGUGGGAACACUGCUUCAGAACAAGACACAGGAAGGCACUGAUCCAAGCCAAGUAGUAAUAGGGCGUGCUGCAGAAACCUCUGGUGGAACGCUGCAGAAAAAAGCACCUGGAAUUCCCUCUGGGAAGGAGCCUGGGGUUCCAGUACAGGGCAAAAAAUAAGGGUGGCAUGUUGCCCCUUGCCUCUGAAUAAGAGCACUUACUUUUUACAGCCCAGGAGUCCAGCAAACUAGUUCACCGAUAAACAUGUAUCCUGUGUCUCAUGAAACCUGUAUGACUUUACGAACUAUGCAAUAAUAAAAGAAACAUGAUCAAA